AGGGGACCCCGCAAUCGGGCAGCUCCGGCUGUUGGGUUUCUUUUUGGUGAUAAUGCGCCCAGCAAAAGAAGCGCUGGAGGUGCCCUGCGUCCCCUCGAGGCGCUUGCAGGGCUGCCGUGCCUCUACCUCGGCUUCUAAUUUAGUGCCUUGCCUUAUUUAAUGGAAAAUUCUUCAAUUAAAUGCUCGGUUUUCUUAAAAAUGCAAAGUUUUGGAAGGGUUCGGAGCGUGGGACCGCGUGGGACGGAGACGCUUGUCCCAUCAGCUUCGCAGGCAAGGUGUAGGCGAAGGACGGAGCCGCAUCUCCCUAAACCCUCUGAACCUUGGCUUUAAUUUCCUCCGAUUUCCCAGCGGAAACGCUGGUUCUGCCGUUAUUUUAGCCCCUGGCUUCAUACUCGGUGCCCCGGGCAUCUGCGGCAGCAGGUUGAGGAGGAGGAAGAUCCCGUUGACCUGGGGAGAGAGCUGCAACACGGAGGUCGUUCCCCUUAAUUAAACAAAAAGCCGUGCCAAAAAUUUACCGCCGCUGGCCGGGCCACCACCGGGUCCCCUGCCCUUGGCCGGGGCGGGGGGGGAAGUGUUCAAGUCACAAACUGGAGUUUCUCCUCCCGCAGCGCCCGCCGGGGCCUUCGUGACCCCGGUGAGGGCCGCAAAGAGCAUGAAGAAAGCUUUGUCUCCGGUUUUAAUAGCGUUUGAGAAGCUGCUUAAUUGAACGUCCUAUUAAUUCUGGGGCUCUUGCGACACGCACGCACGCGCGCGGCCGGCGUUGGGGACUGGCGUGGAUUUUAGUGCCGGCAGCUGCCCAGGCUCAGCUGCAGCCGGGAUUGCGUGCGCUGUCGUGGCUGGUGGCUGCGGUCAUGCCCAGGUUUCAGGUGUCUGGAGGUGGAAAAUACCUUUGAUUUGUAAUUUUUUUUGAUUUCCUUUGGGUCUGCUGCCAGCUUCUUAAGAGGAAACAAGAGCUGAAUUCCCCCCUGCUUUGCUGGGAAUUCACAGCGCAGGGUCCCUUCUUCUUCCUGGUCCUCUUGGCUGGACUUUCUGGUGUAAAUGAGUAACUCCUGACUCAGGGAUUUAGGGGAGAAAACGAAAGCAAGCGCCGUUUGACACCGGUUUUCCCCUUCCCACGCCCCGAGUAGAGGAGAAAGGACAUCACGUCGUUAGGCUGAGCUAAACGAGGAGCCGAGGAUGCGCCGGCGUGAGCGCGCUCAAGAAGCAAGGGUGGGUGUGAAACGUUCUGCGCCUCUUGGAUCCUGAAACUGGGGGUGGGUUUACUUAUCCCGACGCCGGGCUGAUCCUUCCGGCUGCAGAAAGCCACGGCGGGGAGGAGCGGGAGAACCAUGGAAUGGGAGACCCCCGGCGGAAGAGAGGGAAAACCAUGGUGGAAGGGCGACCAGGUUCCAACCACGCGUCCUUGCGCUUCCAAAGCCUUGCAUCUCUCUUUUUUUAAGGUAAUUAAAACCUAAUUUUAACGAGACAAAGCUGAUCCACAGGAGGAAGUGGGGGAAAUGACCCUCGGGAGCCGCAGAGGACGUGCGGUGAUUUUUUUUUUUUAAAUAUCCACAUCGAAUUUCUCUAAUUUUGCCGUGGAAACCCCACCCCAAUACGCUUGGAUGCCCCAAUCCGUUGCUUUUUGCUGGUGUAGGAGACUCCCGCACAAGCGAACAUCAGCAGGAUGAAGGCGCCGGCGCUGCCUCCCCUGGAAUUCUCCUUUCCUCCCAAAAACCCGUUGGCCGAAACGCAUUUGCAACCGUGCGUACCUUGAGUUUUGUCGACGGAAGAGAAGGCGGCGGCUUCUCCGCCAGGCGGAAGCGACUGGAAAACCCAAAUUUCAGCAAAUUCCUCAGAAAUUUGUCGGAUGAUGCCAUCACCCGGCCGCGUCCUGCAGUUUGUUAAUAAAUCGCCCGCUUUGUGCCGAGGAUUAACGUGGGAAACGGUGCAGGAUCCUCCACACCGGGCCCUUCCUCGCCCUUGGCGGACGCUUGGGAGAAACGUCGGCCGUCCAACCACGGGGACCAGCAAGAACUGAAGCGCUGCUGGUACGGACAGGAUGGGAACGACGAACUUCAUCGCCCCGGCACCCUGCUUGGCUUGAGAACCAUCACCCUGCCUUCCACCGAGCUCCCACGUCUCACCGGCUGCCAGAAACACUAAUCCUCUUGGAAGCAGUUGAUUGGGACAGGAUGUGUGGACGAUGAUGAUGGCAAGAAAGCAAGAUGUUCGCAUUCCCACCUAUAACAUUAGCGUGGUGGGAUUGUCCGGGACAGAGAAGGAGAAGGGGCAGUGCGGCAUUGGGAAAUCCUGCCUUUGCAACCGGUUUGUACGGCCCAGCGCGGAUGAGUUUCAUUUGGACCACACUUCGGUUCUCAGCACCAGUGACUUUGGGGGAAGGGUGGUCAAUAAUGACCAUUUCCUCUACUGGGGGGAAGUCGCGCGUUCCCUGGAGGACUGCGUCGAAUGUAAAAUGCAUGUCGUGGAGCAGACGGAGUUUAUCGACGACCAGACCUUUCAGCCUCACCGCAGCACGGCCUUGCAGCCCUAUAUCAAGAGGGCUGCUGCGACCAAACUGGCGUCGGCUGAAAAGCUCAUGUACUUUUGCACUGAUCAGCUUGGGUUGGAACAGGACUUUGAACAAAAACAGAUGCCAGAUGGGAAGCUGCUGGUGGAUGGCUUUCUGCUCUGCAUCGACGUUAGCAGGGGGAUGAACAGGAACUUUGAUGAUCAGCUGAAAUUCGUUUCGAAUCUUUACAAUCAACUGGCGAAAACGAAAAAGCCCAUCGUGGUGGUCCUGACAAAGUGCGACGAAGGCGUGGAGCGGUACAUUAGGGAUGCACAUACUUUUGCCUUAAGCAAAAAGAACCUCCAGGUCGUGGAGACGUCAGCGAGAUCCAAUGUGAACGUUGACUUGGCUUUCAGCACCUUGGUGCAGCUGAUCGAUAAAAGCCGGGGAAAGACUAAAAUCAUCCCCUACUUCGAAGCUUUGAAACAGCAAAGUCAACAGAUUGCUGCUGCUAAAGACAAGUACGAGUGGCUGGUCAGCCGCAUCGUCAAAAACCACAACGAGACGUGGUCGAACGUGAGCCGCAAGAUGCAAUCCUCCCCGGAGUAUCAGGAUUACGUCUACCUGGAAGGAACGCAGAAAGCCAAAAAGCUCUUUCUGCAACACGUCCACCGCCUCAAGCAGGAGCACAUAGAACGCCGGCGGAAGAUGUAUCUCGCCAUGCUUCCUCAAGCGUUUGAAGCCCUCAUCCCAGACCUGGAUGAAAUAGAUCACUUGAGCUGCGUGAAAGUGGAGAAGCUCUUGGAGACGAAGCCGGACUUUCUGAAAUGGUUUGUUGUCCUGGAGGAGACGCCCUGGGAUGCCACGAGCCACAUCGACAACAUGGAGAAUGAACGCAUUCCCUUCGACCUGAUGGAGACCCAGCCCGCCGAGCAGCUCUACGAAGCUCAUUUAGAAAAGCUGAGGAACGAGAGGAAAAGGGCAGAAAUGAGAAGAGCUUUCAAAGAAAACCUGGAGACUUCUCCUUUCAUCACGCCCGGGAAGCCCUGGGAGGAAGCACGCAGCUUCAUUAUGAACGAGGACUUUUACAUGUGGCUGGAGGAAUCUAUUUAUAUGGAUAUCUACAGCAAGCACCAAAAACAGAUCAUAGAAAAAGCCAAGGAGGAGUUUCAGGAGCUCCUCUUGGAGUACUCGGAGCUGUUUUAUGAACUGGAGCUCGACGCUAAACCCAGCAAGGAGAAAAUGGGCGUCAUUCAGGACGUCUUGGGUGAAGAACAAAGGUUCAAAGCGCUGCAGAAGCUGCAGGCUGAGCGGGACGCCCUUAUCUUGAAGCACAUCCACUUUGUCUACCACCCGACAAAGGAAACGUGUCCCAACUGCCCCGUUUGUGUUGACUCUAAAAUCGAGCACCUGAUCAGCUCCCGUUUCAUCAGGCCCUCUGAACGCAACCAGAAGAACUUGCUUUCGGACUCCAACAUCGACAGGCUCAACCUGGUGAUCCUUGGCAAGGACGGUUUGGCGCGCGAGCUGGCCAACGAGAUCCGAGCGCUCUGCACCAACGACGACAAGUACGUGAUUGAAGGUAAGAUGUAUGAGCUGUCCCUGAGGCCAAUCGAGGGCAACGUCCGGCUCCCCGUUAAUUCUUUCCAGACACCCACCUUUCAGCCUCACGGUUGUCUCUGCCUUUACAACUCGAAGGAGUCGCUGUCCUACGUAGUGGAAAGCAUCGAAAAGAGCAGAGAGUCGACCAUCGGCAGGAGGGAUAAUCAUUUGGUUCACCUUCCUCUCACCCUCAUCCUCGUCAACAAGAGGGGGGACACCAGUGGCGAGACGCUCCAUAGCUUGAUACAGCAAGGCCAGCAGAUCGCCAGCAAGCUGCAGUGCGUCUUCCUGGACCCCGCGUCUGCUGGCAUUGGGUAUGGCCGUAACAUCAACGAGAAGCAGAUCAGCCAGGUUUUAAAAGGGCUGCUGGACUCGAAACGCAACUUAAACCUCGUCAGCUCGACCUCCAGCAUCAAAGACCUGGCGGACAUCGACCUUCGGAUUGUCAUGUGCUUGAUGUGCGGAGAUCCGUUCAACGCGGACGACAUCCUUUUACCCAUCCUGCAGUCCCAGACCUACAGACCUUCGCAGUGCGGCAGCAGCAGCUCCGUCCUCCUCGAGCUAUCCAUCGGGCCGCACAAGAGGCGCGUGGAGCUCUCCCUCCUUUCCUACCAUUCCUCCUUUAGCAUUAGGAAAAGCCGCCUCGUCCACGGGUACAUUGUCUUUUACUCGGCGAAACGCAAGGCCUCUCUGGCCAUGCUACGUGCCUUUCUCUGCGAGGUGCAGGAUAUCAUCCCCAUACAGGUCGUGGCACUCACGGACGGCUCCAUAGACAUCCUGGACAACGAUUUGAGCAGAGAGCAGCUCACCGAGGGCGAGGAGAUCGCCCAGGAGAUCGACGGCAAAUUCACCACCAUACCUUGUAGCCAGCCGCAGCAUAAGCUGGAGAUUUUCCACUCGUUUUUUAAAGAUGUGGUGGAGAAAAAAAACAUCAUCGAAGCCACCCACAUGUACGACAACGUGGCCGAAGCCUGCAGCACGACGGAGGAGGUGUUCAACUCACCUCGAGCGGGUUCCCCUCUCUGCAACUCCAACCUGCAGGAUUCGGAGGAGGACGUCGAACCCCCUACCUACAGCCCUUUCAGGGAGGAUACAUCCAUGCCCGCCCUGCCCAAAGACCACUCGAAGCUUUCCAUGGAGCUGGAGGGGAACGACGGUUUGUCUUUCAUUUCUGUCAUGAACACUUUUGAAAGCAAACUGAACAACAAAGUACCUCCUCCCGUCAAACCAAAGCCCCCCAUGCAUUUUGACAUUACGAAGGGGGACCUGUCGUAUUUGGAGCAGGGGCAUCGGGACGGGCAGAGGAAGUCCGUGUCUUCCAGUAGCUGGUUGCCCACCGACUGCUUCGAUCCUUCCGACUACGCCGAGCCGAUGGACGCCGUGGUCAAACCCCGAAACGAAGAGGAGAACAUUUACUCCGUGCCUCACGACAGCACCCAGGGCAAAAUCAUCACCAUCCGAAACAUUAACAAAACCCAAUCCAACGGAAGCGGCAACGGCUCGGACAGCGAGAUGGACACCAGCUCCCUGGAACGGGGCCGCAAGGUGUCGGUCGUUAGCAAGCCCGUGCUGUAUCGGACGCGCUGCACGAGGUUGGGCAGGUUUGCUAGCUACCGAACCAGCUUCAGCGUUGGGAGUGACGAUGAACUGGGCCCCAUCCGAAAAAAGGAGGAAGACCAAACUUCCCAAGGGUAUAAAGGCGAUAACGCCGUUAUCCCCUACGAAACGGCCGAUGGGGAAGAUCCGAGGAGGAGGAACAUCCUGCGCAGCCUGAGAAGGACGACGAAGAAACCAAAGCCCAAACCUCGGCCGUCCAUCACGAAGACGACGUGGGAAAGCAACUAUUUUGGGGUGCCUUUGACCACCGUAGUGACUCCGGAGAAACCCAUCCCCAUCUUUAUCGAGAGAUGCAUCGAGUACAUCGAAGCGACGGGGCUGAGCACCGAAGGCAUCUAUCGCGUGAGCGGGAACAAGUCGGAGAUGGAGAGCCUGCAACGGCAGUUCGACCAGGAUCACGGCCUGGACCUGGCCGAGAAGGAUUUUACCGUCAACACCGUGGCCGGCGCCAUGAAGAGUUUCUUCUCCGAGCUGCCGGAGCCGCUGGUCCCGUACGCCACGCAGGUCGAGCUGGUGGAAGCCCACA